AUGUUCACUUUGAUUUCCCUCUUCUUGUUUUUGAACAUUCCACUUUUCAUGGCCAAUUUUAUUUAUCCUAGGUGUUUUUGGAAAAUGAAGCAGAAUGAAGACAAGGAUGAAGACUUGGGAAAAGGUUGUGUCUUCUUCCCCAGAAUAGUGCAGGGGCCUGUGGCAAAGGACUAUUUCAAGCAAAUUUUGAAUAUACAAACACCACCAGAUAACUACAAGUUUGCUCUGGCAUUGGCUUUUACCAUGGAUGAGGUCAACAGGAACCCUGAUCUAUUACCAAAUAAGUCUUUAGUAUUUGAUUUUGCAGCAGAUAUUUGUUUGAGUGCAUCUCGAUUGUACACUCUCAAUCAAUUUUUGGAACACAGUCAUGAUAUUUUCCCUAAUUAUUUCUGUAAUGAAGAUACCAUGUGUCAUGUGGUGCUUACAGGACCAAACUGGGAAAUAUCUUCAAAACUUGGGACAAUCCUAGACCUCCACAAAAGCCAAAAGGUCAUUCAGCUUACCUAUGGACCCUUCCAUCCAAUCCUGAGUGAUCAUGAACAAUUUCCCCAUCUGUAUCAGAUGGCCCCCAAGGACACAUCGCUACCCCUGGCCAUGGUCUCCGUAAUACUUCAUUUCAACUGGACCUGGGUAGGGCUGGUCAUCUCAGACAAUGAUCAGGGUACCCAAUUUCUCUCAUAUUUGAGAAGAGAGAUGGCAAAAAAUAUACUCUGCUUUGCUUUUGUUAACAUGAUUCCACUCAACAUGCAGUUGUAUAUGUCAAGAGCUGAAGUGUAUUAUAACCAAAUCAAGACAUCAUCCACAAAUGUUAUUAUCAUUUAUGGUGACACAGACAGUACUCUUACUAUGAGCUUUCGAAUGUGGAAAUCUCGAGGUUUACAGAGAAUAUGGGUUAUCACUUCACAGUGGGAUGUGCCUACAAGUAAAAGAGACGUCAUGAUCGACUCAUCCCUUAUGUCUCUGGGUUUUGCACACCAUCAUGGUGAUAUUUCUGGUUUUAAAAAUUUUGUUCAGACAUUGAGCCCCCUCAAAUGCACUGAUGAAUACCUGAAAAGGCUGGAGUGGAUGAACUUUAACUGUGAAGUGUCAGUAUCCAACUGUAAGACACUAAAGAACUACUCAUCGAAUGCCUCUAUUGAAUGGCUAAUGGUACAGACUUUUGACAUGGUUUUUAGUGAUGGCAGUUAUGACAUAUACAAUGCUGUGUAUGCUUUGUCCCAUGCAGUGCAUGAGAUGGUUCUUCAACAAGUAGAUACUCAGCUAAAGGUCAAUGGGAAAGGAACUGAUUCUGCCUGCUUGAAGCUGAACUCAAUUCUGAAGAAGACCCACUUCACUAAUCCUGUUGGGGACAGAGUGAAUAUGAACCCAAAAGAAAAACUCCAGGAAGAGUAUGAUAUUUUCCAGAUUUGGGAUUCCCCACAUGGUCUUAGAUUUAAGGUGAAGAUAGGAAAGUAUAGCUCACAUUUUCAACAUGGACAACAGCUUCAUGUAUAUAAAGACAUUAUAGAGUGGGCCACAGGAAAUACACAGAUGCCAACCUCUGUGUGCAGUGCUGACUGCGGUCCUGGCUUCAGAAAAUUCCUGCAGGAGGGAAUGGCAGUCUGCUGUUUUCAAUGCAGCCCCUGCCCAGAAAAUGAAAUCUCUAAUGAGACAAAUGUGGAUCAAUGUGUGAAGUGCCCUGAGGACCAGUUUGCCAACAGAGAGCAGAACCAGUGCAUUGACAGAACUGUGAACUUUCUGAGCUAUGAUGACCCAUUGGGGAUGGUUCUCACCUUUAUGGCCCUGUGCUUCACUGCAUUCACAGCUCUGGUUCUUGGAGUCUUUGUCAAGCACCAUGACACUCCCAUUGUGAAGGCCAAUAACCGGAAGCUCAGUUACAUCCUGCUCAUCUCACUCUUCUUUUGUUUCCUCUGCCCCUUGCUCUUCAUUGGCCGUCCAAACUCAGCUACAUGCAUCUUGCAGCAAAUCACAUUUGGAGUUGUGUUCACUGUGGCUGUUUCCACUGUGUUGGCCAAAACAGUUACUGUGCUUCUGGCUUUCAAAGUCACAGACCCUGGAAGAAGAAUGAGAUACUUCCUAAUUUCAGGGGCACCCAACUACAUUAUUCCUAUCUGUACUCUCAUCCAAGUUAUCAUCUGUUCAGUCUGGCUGGGAGCUUCUCCUCCCUCUGUUAAUAUUGAUGCACACUCUGAGCAUGGCCACAUCAUCAUUGUGUGCAGCAAAGGUUCAGUCACUGCCUUCUACUUUGUCCUGGGAUACCUGGCCUGCCUGGCUCAGGGGAGUUUCAUCAUGGCUUUCUUGUCCAGGAAUCUGCCUAACACAUUCAAUGAAUCCAAGUACUUGACGUUCAGCAUGCUUUUGUUCUGCUGUGUCUGGGUCACUUUCCUCCCUGUGUACCAUAGUACCAAGGGUAAGGUCAUGGUAGCUGUGGAAAUUUUCUCCAUCUUGGCCUCCAGUGCUGGGAUGCUGGGAUGCAUUUUCAUUCCCAAGUGCUACAUAAUUUUGAUAAGACCAGUGGAAAAAUAUCUUCAAAAUAUCAGGGAAAAAUUAUCUUCCAGAAGUGAUAUUUCAUUAAUUCUAACUGACAAAUGCAUAGUUAGUUCAUAUCGAACAAAUAUUGAAUUACAAUGCCAGACCUGUCUCUUAUGGAAUGACUCUCACUGUUUCCUCUAA